AUGCUGGCUUGGAAGACCCUCUCUCUACUUGUUGUGGCCGCUGUGGCCAUGCACGGUGUUAGCGCCAUUGAGCAGGGACAAGGCGGUGGAAACAUGCAAUCAUCGGAUCUGCCCCCGACGUCAGCGCCUGAGUCCGAAGUACCGGUGGCGGCGUCACCUGACGUUGACGUUGACGUCGACGGGAGCAGCGCACCUGAAUCCGUGUACACGGGCGAAGGCGAAACGGACGGCGGUGCUACGGAUGUGACGGCCAGCAAAGACGCGGAAGGUUCGUUGAACAUCGACCAGGCGAGCAGUUUGUUGUCCGAGGCAAGCAGCGGAUUGGGCCCCAGCGACGCGUACUCCGGCCUGACCGGUUCUAGUGACUUGGGCACGGAUAACACCACCGCUUCGACCUCAGCUUCGGGUUCAAUGGUCGACGACGAGGCUUUCUCGUUCUCCGGAAGCGAGCCAGUCGACAUGUACGCGACGGGGUCGUCGGAUCUGACAGUGAACACUUCAGGCUCGGAAUCGAGCGCCGACCCGGUGACUCAGGGCUCCAUGACCGAGGGUGUGCCCGAGGGUGAGACUGAGGGUGAGACCGAGGACGUGACCGAGGACGUGACCCAGGACGCGAAUCUGGACGCGAAUCUGGACGUGACCGAGGACGUGACCGAGGACGUGACCGAGGACGUGACCCAGGACGCGAAUCUGGACGUGACCGAGGACGUGACCCAGGACGCGAAUCUGGAUGAGAGCGUGCCAACGGGCGAAGCUGGCAGCGCGGCCUCCAUCUCUACCGAAGAGGUCGAGGGUCAGACUGGUGAUUUGCCAACCUCGAACGGAGGUGACUUGGGAUCUCCCGUCGAGACGGAUGUCUUGCCUGCGACUGAAAGCACCGACCCAACCAUUUCUGCCACGGGCACGGGCUCAAGCUGCAGACGCCGUAUGCGCCGCAACUAG